AUGACGAAUGCGACCUUAGGCACAGCGAGAUACCGAAAGAGAUGUCUAAGCGCAAAGAUGGGAUCUAGAGCGACAAGGAAGAUGGGUGUUCGCGGGAAACAACGAUAUCGUCGUCGAGGUGGUGUCGCGCCCCCAGCAACGAAGAAAGACAGGGGUGUCUCGGAGAGGAAACGGGUCGUACCGGGACAAUCACCGCGAGCGACCGGCCGUGCUGUCGUCUGGCUGUCGUCUGGCCGUCGCCGUCGACCUGCUGAGUUGCUCGUCCGCUUUCUGCUUGCUGCUGGAAAUUCAAACAACCGCCAAGCCUGCACGCUAGACCUGGUUGGGACAGGCGUGGCGGCGAUACUUUCUUCCGCGCGCUCCGUUCGUGUCCGCGCUAAACCGCUUUGGGCCGGUCUGUCAACAAAGCGUUUCUUGGCGUUUUCUGCAGGGUUGCAGCUUCGCGUGGCCGCCGAUGAGCUGCUGGGGAUCGUCUGA